GGCAGACUCCUCCCUGCUGCAGUUCACAUGGAAGAUGUCACUUGAACUAGUCACGAAUUUCUGUUGGGGUCUCCACAAGGAAAUGGCUGAGGGAUUACGUAGUUUUUUUCAAAAUUGUACAACUCUUUAAUCCUGGACGCGAAUAUUUUAAUAACACUAGCAUUAUACGAUCGGAUAUGUGUGUUUGAGUUUAGUUGAAGUCAAUUUGGCCAACACAACGGGAAAAUAAUAAUUUCGAACUUUUCGGACUCACCUCGGACUUGCUGCUGUUAGUUUACUACCUAGCGAUAACACCUGAUAUAGCUAGCUAAAUAGUUUUAAGUAAUUUGGGACAGUUAGUAGUGAUGGCUGGUAUUAACUUGAGGGAGGCUUUUACAACAAGAUAACUAAUUUCUUAUACGACUAAAGUACAAGCAAGGUAAAGGAUAAAACGGGCAACUUUUUAUUGAAGUUGUCUCCAGCGAAAAUGAACAAUUGUACCGUUAGCACCUAGCUAGCAAAUUAUCUAACGGUAGCUAGUUGAGUGACAUCAGUGGAAAUUGGGUAUGGUGUUGCAACUUUGUAACGUCAACGUUACCUACUUUAGAUUUGUUUAUCAAUUUAACUAGCUACAGUAGCUGAUUUAGCAUAGCAUGCUAAUGAUGCGGGAUUCAACUGUGAAUUUCAGUGUUCUCCAUAGAACUUGCAAAUUGGUCGUCAUUCUUUGUUUUCUCCAUAUUUCGGUCACUUUAAUUUUUUACGUGAGGUCGUUAGAUAUUCCAUUUUCGUUUGCACAAAAUCAGCAAGCACACGCAGCGAAAAAGCAUAACCAAACUACAUCAAAGGACACCAAACCUGACGUGGUUGAAACGAACCGCUUUUCUGUAGACAACGUGACAUCUACAUUCAAUAAAGAACUUGUAAAAUGUUUUGACACUUCACCACUGCUUGUGGGCCCACUGCGAAUUGAGUUUUCUAACCCAGUCAGCCUUGAUGUGGUAAGGAAGGAGAACCCCAAUCUUCAGAAUGGGGGGCGCUUCAGGCCCAAAGACUGUGUGGCCCUUCAGAAGGUGGCUAUCAUCAUCCCUUUCCGCAACCGCGACGAGCACCUCAAGUUUUGGCUGUACUACCUCCAUCCCAUCCUUCAGCGCCAGCAGCUGGACUACGGCAUCUACGUUAUCAACCAGGACGGUGAUGAGAUCUUUAACCGCGCCAAGCUCCUCAACGUUGGCUACACAGAGGCCCUGAAGGAGUACGACUACGGCUGCUUUGUUUUCAGCGAUGUGGACCUAAUCCCUAUGGAUGACCGCAACACCUACAAGUGCUUCAGCCAGCCCAGGCACCUGUCUGUCUCCAUGGACAAGUUUGGCUUCAGGUUGCCGUACAACCAGUAUUUUGGGGGCGUGUCGUCAAUGAGCAAGGAGCAGUUCCUCAAGAUCAACGGCUUCCCCAACAACUACUGGGGCUGGGGAGGGGAGGAUGACGACAUUUUCAACAGGCUGAGCUCCAAGGGGAUGACCAUAUCACGGCCCAGCGGAGCCGUGGGGAAAUGCAGGAUGAUCCGCCACAACCGGGACGGUGGGAAUGAAGACAACCCUCAGAGGUUCGACCGCAUCGCCCACACCAGGGAGACGAUGAACAAAGACGGCAUCAAAACCCUGUCGUACAAAGUGGUCAAAGUGGAGAAGGAUCAAUUAUACACCAAAAUUACUGUGGACGUGGGAAAAAAAGACUGAGAACCAAUAAAACAUGAACAGCCUUGACAACCUGUGGUAUAUGCAGUAACCAAAUGUGCCUUGACAUUGUAAAUAAUGAUAUGCCUUGGACUCUUUGGACUACAGAGAAUGACUGAUCUGAUCAGCAAACAAACGUUCCCUUUAUUUUCGGCCUUUGCACAUCCGAUGGUGAAUUGGGAUUCCAGCUUUUUCUUUAUAGGAUCCAUAAAUCAUUGACACCAGGAAUGACCGUUGACAUUCAGUACAUUGACACACUGUUGGUUUCCUAUUGGGCUUGUACGUACUCCACACUCUUUUUGAAGAUUGCUGCUGCGACAAAGUCCUUUGUGAGCCAUUUUGUCUUGACGGGUGGUUGUAAAAUGAUUCAUUUAUUGUCCUAUGCAUCGGGGAGUCUCAAUUCAUUUUAUGUCUAUUUCUUUCUAGUACUGUUGAUGUUGUUUUGGCAUCAUUGUAGUUUUCUGUCACUUUUGUGAGAUAUUUGCUAUUCCUUUUGAUUCCUUUGCUGAUCGAGCAAGGUUUCAACCCAUUCAAUGCCAAGUGCUCAGGCCAAAGAUUGAACUUCAAGUUGUAGAGUUCCAUAACAAACCAAGUCACUUUAAAAAAAAAUUUUUUUAUUCAAAGGCAACCAAACAAUGAUCUUAAGAUUGUUGUACUUUUGGAUACAUUCACAACCUUUUGAUAGAGCAUCAAAGGGCAUAGAACUCCAAAAAAUAUAUAUUUUUAAAGUCCAAAUCCCAUGAUAGUUAUUAGAGAAGGGGUCCUUAAGGGUAUUUGAACUAUCUUGAAAGUGUCGCCGUUGAAGCUCCCUUCCCUGUGAAGAGCACCAUUCCAGGUAGCCUCUAAGGAGGCCUCUCCCUGGUGGAAAAUAGGUACCUGAAUGUAUUUGCCUGGUGGUGUUGUGUGCGUGCCCUGAGGUAAAAUGCUACCAUGCUGUUGUCUGUCAUGAGUGUCUGGCGUUCUACUUUUUUUUGUGUCUACGAGAGUGGGUUCUAUGCUGAAAAGGAUCCUCUUGUAGUCCGUGUAUGUCUAAGGAAGUGUGAGGGUUAGAAAAACAAGCAUUUUGUAUCCUCAAUACCUAGUAAUCAAUACCCUUAAAGACAUCCGCAUGUUUUUAAACUGGACGGUCACCAUGUCUUCCUCACAGGUACUUCAUAAAUCCUCAUAUACAGUGAAAAUGGCUCAAGCUUGUGAGCCAUGGGGCAUGAUGUUGCACAAGUAAAGUCAGUAACUCAAUCUUGAGAAAAAAAGCCAUUGAGAUUUCUGACUGGAUGGAACAGAAUAAUUGUGCUGUCCAUACUUAGGCUUAAAUGUUUGCCAUUCCUCUCCUGACUGCUUCUUAAUUAUAUCAGUGCUGGUGUCUGGAGAAUCUAUAAAAUGACUGCCAUUUCUGCCUUACCUAAAUAAACUUGAAAAUAUAAAUUAAUUGGUCAACAUUUUGAUGUCACUGGGUUGCUCUUCAAGCUGUAAGCCUUUAUGGGCUCGGCCAGGAAACCCAAUAUCGUGGGCUUAUUCAACUAUGGUGGAACGUUGCGUAUAGAAAUCCUUUAUAUAGAAUGAGCACAAUGUACAAUCAUGGUGACUAGAGGAUUGUGUCAGCUUUACGCAACACAUUUCUAUACUUUAAAUUUGGAGUGGUUGCCAACUUGAGUACAUCUUAAAGGCCUCGUAACCACAUACCUCAUCACUGUCUGGUAGCCACACACAAACGCUCUAAAGACAUGGGAGAUGCCUUGCAUGCAGGGAUGCAUUAUGUGCAAUGCAUACCAUUUUUAUCUCAUUUUCUCAAUCCACCCAAAGGCUCUUUCAGAGUUAAACUAAGGUCUUUAUAGGUUGGCUAAAGCCAGGUUGUGUACCUCCCAUAGACAAUGGCCUUUAUUGAGAGCCAGCAUUUUGUAGGUCAAGUGUGAAUUCAGUUUGUUUUACAAAAGUUAGCUGGCUAAUCUGCAGGGCUUCAUUACUCUGUUCCUUUUUCUCUUCAUGGUUUCCAUUAUGAUUCAAUGUGUGCAUGUAUGUGUAUGCUUGUGAUUUCUACAAAUGCAUGACUUUGUAAAUCUUUUGCUGGCUCUUCACAUUUUCAUUCAAAAAUGUAUACUGACUUGCAGCAAUGUUUUGGUGUCGAUUAAAAAAAAAAUCUGUUUAGGUAAUUAAAUAUUUAAGUAAA